UCAAGCUCGUUUUCCUUUGCGAGCCGUGGCGAUGGUUUCGACGAGCGACGCCUGGGAUUCUUUGGAUUUCUUGGUACUUGACGAAUCGAUGUCCUACGUGCAUCCUAAGGAGGUGUCAAUGUGGGAGGACAAUAUGAAGUCGUGGCCACCCAUAGAGAAGCCGGAUAUCGUCUUCUACUUGGUCCACUCAAAGGCCUGCGAUCUUCAGGAGGUCAGAGCGUACAAGAGCCUAGAGUCGUAUCUCUACCUGACAAGCGGCCUCGUGGGAACUGUCCUUCACCACAGAAUAAGCGACCAGCUGGGCUACUUCAAAGCAGAAGUGGGUAGAUCCCAGUCCUUUAAUGCUGCUCCACACAAGGCAUGGGCAUGCGUGCACACCACUGGUCGGGUAGUUACAGGAGGCUGUUCCUGCAUGGCUGGCCAGGCAAAGGUGUGUAGCCAUGUUGGGGCCAUCUUGUGGAAGAUGGAGCAUGCCUUUGCGAACAAAAUGACGGGCACAGCUUGCACCGACGAAGCUGCCACCUGGAACGGAGGUACCAAGAAAAACGUAACGCCAACAAGCCUCGACAACAUUUCGUUUGGAAAGAAUGAGCAAAACACAGAAAUUCUUGGGACCGUAGAUGUGCUGCAGUUUCACACACAUGAAGAGUACCCUCAUCACAUUGAAGACGGCCCCCUUGCAGGGCUCAUGAAAAUACCAGGGACCUUGUUUCAUGAGACACUGAUGGCACCUCCACGAGACCCUCCAGCAGCACAAGACCCUUCAGCAGUUCAAUGCGACGCAAUACCUCUUGCUCACAGCAGCCACGAAGAUGCGACCACCCUUCCAAACAGCUGUCCUGCCUGCUGGGAGGCAUACAACGAGCUUGUUGCCAUCAGUGCACCUAGUAUGGACCUGCUCUGCAAAAAAACAGCGGACCAAGGCAACUGCACACUCUGGCACGAGAGCCGCCGCAUGCGGUUAACGUCGUCGAUGGUUAAAAGAAUACCAAUACUGGCAUCAACUGACCCUUCCAAGGCUGUGAAGGACAUACUUCACCCAUCCUUUCGAGGGAAUCAAGCGACGGAGCACGGCCGCCGCAGUGAGCCCAAAGCUAGGAGGAAAUUUAUGCUUGACCACCAUUGCACCGUGCGACAAACGGGCCUGGUUGUUUGUCCGGAGCUCCCAUGGCUCGCAGCCAGCCCCGAUGGCAUCAUUGAUGGAAUUGACGCUCUUUUAGAGAUAAAGUGUCCAAAUGUAUUGAACUGUGAAGACCUUCUAAAUUCCGGAAAAUACGACAUAAAAAAGAAUGGCAAUGGCAUUUUCGAGCUGCGACCAAAGGGAAGAAACAAGUUCUAUUAUCAAGUUCAGUUUGCAAUGCACUGCACUGGAAAGACCGUCUGCCACCUCUAUGUGUGGUCAGAGGGCCACGACGAGGUUGUAGUUGUCCCCUACAACAAGGACUUCAUGAAGUGCCACCUACAAAGAGUGAAGAACUUCUACUUCAAGAGCCUGUUGCCGGCGUUUGUGGAAGACGUUAACUCUGGAAAGAUAACGCUCUCAAAUGAGUACAAGCAGCUUGCACGUAUGUAAUGGACCGAGGCAGACAGGCAGUGCAGUAUUCUUUAUUUUUUUAUACAAUGUGUGAUGCUUGAAAGUUUUGGCAGUAAAAAGUUUGAUUGAUCAAAAGA